AGGAAGUAGCAGAGUAGGGAAGAACGGACAAGGAAAGUGAGGGCUUAAAUAUUUUAAUUAAUAUAUUUAAUAGUUUAGUUUAUAAAAAUGAAAAUGAUAAUAUUAAAAAGUCUAGUAGUACUUUCCCGGUCUUCCUUUUAACAAGUCUAACCCCUUCGUGUCCGUCCUAAAUCUCUCCGUGUUUUUUUUUUUUUUUUUUCUAUUUUAUAAUUUCUCUGUUUAUUAUUAUUAUUAUUUUUAAAAAAUAUAGAUAUAAAAUAUUAUAAAUAAAAACCUUCCAGUUUCGACGGUUUCCUGGCUGGAUGCUCCUGUCCGCAUCGGAUCUGGGGUUUCUUCGCUUUCUCUUCAAGGGUCCUGUGCGUUGAUUGGAAAGGGGAAAUUUUGAGAAAUUUGUUGUUCAGUGAUUGAUUGUUGAUGGAAAAGUGCGAGAUUCGUGCUAAACAAGUUGAAUUUAUUUUGUGGAAGAUAUCAUAGUCUUUUAAUUGCUAGUCGAAUUGGAAAGUGUUGUUUACUUGAUAAAGCAAGAUAUAUUUGUGGUCAACUUUCACUUUAGAGGCGGCAAUUCUGGGUUAUGAGUUGACUUCAAAUAUUGAAAAAUCUCGGUGUUCUACGGAUAAAAACUGUGAAUUUUUUAUCUUGGAGCAAGAGGAAGAGGUUAAUAUUCAGAUUUGGUUGAUAUUUCAAACUUUGUAAUGGAUAAAGAGUUUGAAGUUGAUCUUGAAAGUGGGGUGGUGGUUAGUGAUGAAGAUUCAAGCAACACACCCGAUUCAGGUGUUAAAAGACAGGGUAAGACAUUGAUCACCAAGUUAUAUGGUGGUUUUGCUGAUGGCUUAAUUAAGGCUGAUGAUAGGGUGAGUUGUGGUGUUGCAUCUAAUACCCAUGGAGUUUCUCCUCAUAAUGUCAAGGUGCUGGACGGAGAAGUGGUUGUAGAUCAUGUGGAGAAGACAGCAGUGAAGGAGAAACGGAAAAAGUCAAGCAAUAAAAAAGCCUCCAAACCUCCUAGACCUCCCAAGGGUCCAUCAUUGGAUGCAGCUGAUCAAAAGCUAGUCAAGGAAAUUUCUGAGCUUGCUAUGUUGAAGCGUGCUAGGCUUGAGCGAAUGAAAGCAUUGAAGAAAAUGAAAGCUGCAAAGGCAUCUUCCAAUGGCAACAUGUUUGCCAUGGUGUUUACCAUUCUCUUCUGUCUGGUCAUAAUCUUUCAAGGCAUUUCAUCUGGAAGAAAUUCUCCUUUGAAUUUCCAGGGAUCUCCAGCUUCGACAGGAACAACAGAAGGUGGGUUGAUCUCAGUCCAGCUCUAUCCUAAUCCACCUGCAAGUAUCUCUAAUGGACCUGGUUCCGAGUCUCCCAACAUGGUAGAGCAGGUUGCUGGUUCAGAUCCGCCUCAAAAGCUAAGAUCAGCUGGAUAAAAUAUUUAUUAAUUUGUUGAAGAACGAAUCUCAAGUCACCCUUGGAAAGUUAAAAUGCAAGUGCCAGUUUUACUUGCAGUUUUUGCACACGUGAGCUUCUGGAGCUGGAUUUAACCCCUGUAUAUAUUAAUGAGACUUGGGGUUGAGAUUCAGUACCAGUUAAAAUUUUACUAGUGUUGUUUAGGUGAGCCAUUCAUCUUUACGUUUUCAUUCAACUUCAAUAGUUGCUAAUUCGUAGAUUUGUUGGUGUAUUUCAUCCGUAUAAAUUCUUCGAAAAAGAGAUGUUUAUGCUCUAUUUUUGUGGAUGUAUAUAUUUGUGAAUUUUAUAUACAUUAUUUCUUUCUUUUUAA